AGUCCUAUUAGAAGGCUGGGACUGAUGAGGCAGAAUCGCAACUCCGCUGGGAACCACAACACGACAACCUGCAUCUCCAGGAGUGUAUUGCAGACCCCACUGUGCUGACCACCAGAGGCUUGUACCAUCGUCAAUCUCGUUUCGCCGGUGGUGGCUCCCCCCCCCCCCCUUUUUUCUCCUCUUCCCUCGGGGUUUCUGUGGGGUGUAUUUUGUGGGUGCGUGUGUGCAGUGGGGUAUUCUUAUCCCACCCCCCUUUUUUUGCCUUUUACAUGUUUGGGAAACCAGACAAAAUGGACGUUAGAUGCCACUCGGACGCUGAGACUAACCGGGUCUCGAAGAAUGGACAUAAGGAGGGGAAGGAGAGCAAGGGGGGCGAAGGGAAUAUCUCCACUUCUUUUCUGAAGGAACCUCCCGGCACUUUCUCUCCGUCUGCCGCUUCGGAAGACUGUAAUAAGAGUAAAUCUAAUUCUGCCGACCCGGACUAUUGCAGAAGGAUCCUGGUUCGAGAUGCCAAGGGCUCCAUCCGAGAGAUCAUCCUUCCCAAAGGCCUGGACCUGGACCGGCCAAAGCGGACCCGCACCUCAUUCACCGCUGAACAGCUAUAUCGUCUAGAGAUGGAGUUCCAGCGGUGCCAGUACGUUGUGGGGCGGGAGCGAACCGAGCUGGCCAGGCAGCUCAACCUCUCGGAGACCCAGGUGAAGGUAUGGUUCCAGAACCGGCGCACAAAGCAGAAGAAAGACCAAGGCAAGGACUCGGAGCUGCGCUCCGUGGUGUCCGAGACGGCCGCCACUUGCAGCGUGCUCCGUCUCCUAGAGCAGGGUCGCCUGCUCUCUCCUCCAGGUCUGCCGGGCCUCCUGCCCCCGUGCACCACGGGCACUCUGGGUUCGGCCCUGCGAGGCCCCAGUAUUCCAGCCCUGGGCAGUGGCAGCUCGGGCUCCGGUUCCAGCUCCACCUCCGGCCCCGCGGGUGGUUCCUCUCCGCAUCCUCCGGCUGUGAGUAGCGCGACGGGGCCCGCCCCGGCCUCUGGACUGCAUCCCGCCCCAGCCGCUGGCCACAGUCUCUUCAGCCUGCCUGUGCCAUCCCUCCUGGGCUCGGUCGCCAGUCGCCUCUCCUCCAACCCCUUGACAAUGGCUGGCUCAUUGGCCGGGAAUUUACAAGAACUCUCCGCCAGAUACCUGAGCUCCUCCGCCUUUGAGCCCUACUCCCGGACCAACAAUAAAGACGGGGCGGAGAAAAAAGCACUGGACUGAUUUUAAGUAUUUCCAUGUAUUUAUAUUUAUAGUAUCUAUUGUGCUUAUAUUUAUGGAAUCACAUACCCAAUCUUCUUUCCCUGGGCAGCCCCCUCUUUCCAUGCGGUCCCCAGACACAUCUUUUCCCUCCCUGCCUCUUUUACACCCUUUUUUACAAAUUUAAUUUCACCAUUCUAUUUUCCCCCCUGUUUUGCUUCCAUUUACUCUCCCCCUCCCCUUAUAUUUGAAUGCAGGAGAGAUCCAAAGAUCUGGGAAACACACCCUACUCCCUUUCCCCAUCCCUCCACCCCAAACCUGAGGGAAAGGAGCCAUCUGAAUCCAAAGGAGCAGUGCUGUUGGUAGGAAUAGUGGGGAGAAGGCUGAGUGUGCAGCCUCCCGCCGACCCCGCAGCCACCCGUUUAGGGUGGAAGAUUUACAGGGUUUCCUAGAGCCCAGAGCUGGUACACUCCUUCCCGCAAGGAAGGAAUAGGAAACUCCCACCGUCUGAGUGAGCCAUACAGGAAGUGAAUUUCAGAACACUUGGCGGUCACUAGGCCUUAUAGAUUUCUCUAGAAAGCCAGGUACCCUGCCCAAGUUUCCCACAAAACGAGGAAGAAUCGCAUUCCAUCCCGCUCUCCUCCCCACCGCCCCUUCCACUUUAGGAAAUCUGUGGAAAGGACUGGCAAGAAAGUUGCCGAAAGCCAUUUUCUAACGACCACCUCCACAAUACUAACAAUAAUGAUGAUAAUGAUUCUAAGAUAGGGAGAAUAAUAAGAAUGAAUCAUUGCUAAGCAAUUAAAAAUGAGUUAUAACUAUAUUCCAAGUCUAGAUACAAUUUAACUAUUAAAAAAAAAAAGAUCAUUCUGAGUUUGGAAAGUAAAACCUUUUCAAAGUGUAAAAAAAAAAAACCCAACCAAAACAACCCCAGAACAACCCAACAACAAAUUUCUGUGCAAGGGCAGAAUAAAUGGGGCUGUAAGUUUAUAAAAGAAAUUGGGCAGGAAAGAACAGAGAAAACGAUUUUUUUUUCUAAGAAAUUCCCAACCAGCUCCCCUCUCACACACCUCCAGCCCCAGUCUUGCAGCAUAAACACCCUAGGUUCUUCAUUGAGGAUCAUCCGUUGAAAGGACAUCUCAGAAACCCAUGCAGACCAAAUGCUAUUCAGAAAGGGAACACUUUUUAGGCAGCUAUCGUUGGUUUGGAAAUGGAACGGGCAAUAGCCACUCCCAUUGGCACUGCAGACUACGAAUAUUUCCAUUUUCAUAAGAAAGUGAGAUAAAACACAAUUACUUUUUUUUCCCUUGCCCUUGCUUCAUGAAAUACCCAUAGCUUUAAAUUCUAGGAAAACAAACAUGGCCCGGCUACUUCUUAAACAUCUGAGAAAGUUGGACAAUUUUGCUACUUCUCCCUGGUCCUUCAGAAAUCCAUCCCUAUAGGGAGAAUUACUCCAUCUUUCCUUAAGAUGAUGAAGAAAAAGAAGGAAGUUGUAAUGGUAGAUGUAAGGAAAAGAAAAGACAUCUCUUUCUCCCUCUCCCACGCCCCCACCCCUUUCCGUGAAAUCUGUCUUUGAAGGGUCAGAAGGUAGAAUUUAGUCCCAGGCGGAGGCAGGGGCGGGUAAUCUCCCCUCUAACCAGGCAUUUACAAACUGUGCACCUCAGUUCAUGUCACCCAUUUCUUUAACCAAAACACCAACAGACAAAACCGUGAGAUAUCUUAUUGUUUAGAGUGUAUUAGAGUCCAUCCGAAGAGCGCGCAGAACAAAUUUUUGAAAAUAGUAAUUUUAUUGUAAAUUAUUUACGUCGGGAUUUUUUUUUUGUUUUGUUUUAGGCAAUUAGUGGAAAAAUAAUGAAAUAAUGAUUCACAUGCGGGUAGGUGUCCCCUAAAUCCUGGCUACUAACUCUGUUCUGAAUGUUUUGGAUAUUUGGAUGUUUUGUAUUUAUGUGGUGAGAGUGAAAUAUAUCCUAUCUAUGAUAACUGA